AUGCCUGUAUCGAUAUUGGAUUUACCCGAUGAUAUCUUACUAGAAUUCUGUUGUGGAUAUCUAUCCGUACAGGAUUUAUGUCACUUGGAGCAAGUGUGUCGACAAUUUUAUUCGUUACUUAAUUCUUAUACUUCACCCUGGAAGCGAAUUCUUGUCAAAUUAACGAAUGUUUCGUUUUCUCAAUUGAAAAAUGCUAUCGGCUGUCCAGCAUUUGAAAACAUUUACCAAAAACCUUCAAUCAUAUCCCAUCCAUUCCAUCUCCCACCCGAAUAUCAACACGAAAUUCUGUUUAAUCGUUCCAAUGAGUUGCCUUCUAUUCUUUCAGUCGAUUAUCGUCGACCAUCUAAUCAAUUAGUUUCUUGUUCGAAAGUUGAUUGUGAUGUACGUCGUUUUGCGAACGAUUACCGCAGUCGAAUACCAUUAGCAUUCCGUUGGAACAGUGAAAAUAAUUACGUAAAUCAUACUUUGAUUAAAUUUGUUCGUCGAACUCAAACUUCAUUACUUCAAUACGAUGAACAUAAUCAUCAUCUUUGGUUUUGCAAGGAUGGUGCACUGCAAUGCUUGAAUCUAUCAACGAAUCAAAUUCAGUAUUCAUAUGAAUAUGAACACGAUGAUGUACUCUGCUAUAAAGUCUAUGAUCGACAUCUAAUUGCUCUGGCAAAUGGAAAUUCGUUGAGAAUCAUUUGUCGACAAACGAACGAUGUUCAUACAUGUGACAAUAAUCAAAGCAUUGCUUCUGCUGAUAGUAAAUGGAAUGACAUACUUUCCUUAGACGUUUACUCCAACGAUCAAGAAAGGUAUUUGAUGAUCAAUGGCUCACGUGACCACUCUGUUUCGAUACGCACCUUUGAUAUGUCUUCACAAGUUCAUCAAAUGAUCUGGAGCACCAGAGUUGACGAUCGUGUUCUGUGUAGUCGAUUCACUAGUGAUGGACAGCAUUUCUUAAUUGGUACUGGUAGUAGAACGAAUAUUUAUCCGUUGGUGUUAUUCAAUACUGAAAGAGCUCAACCAAUUCAUGUCUAUGAUGCAAACUAUCGUGUUGGUGCUGGAGUACGUUGUAUCGAAUGGGUUUCAUCGAAUGUUUUCAUCGCUGCUGGUUUCGAUAGUCAAUACAAGGAAUUUGAUUUACGUACAGGCAUGUGUCACUAUACAUUCGAUGAUGAAUUCGGCAAUGAUUAUUGUUCGCUGGCUGUUUCCGCUGAUCAAAAUAGUGUAUCAAACGGCAUUGUACUUGGUUGUAAUCGUCAUUCAACUAUUCGUCUUGUUAAUCGUAGACAACGACAACUACAAAAGGUCUUUUUUGUUUCCACACAAGUUAGUCCGAAAAAUCCUUUGCGAAUCAAAUUCUACCAACAAGCAAAUGCAUUGCUCCCUGAAAAUCUGCAUAUUCUACUAACAACAUCAUUAACUGCUAAUCGUUCAUUAACGAAACAAGUCGAUGUUAACAAUAUUCUCAUUGAUAGUUUACUCGAUUAUGCUUAUACAAAAUGGAAUAGUCAAACUCAUGAAUAUCGUUUUGACGAAACACUAUUAAACUAUCAUCAACAAAUCCUUGCACCUCUCCUUAAAUAUGCAUCAAAUUAUCGCAAUAUUCAUAUCUUAGAACGAUAUGCAAAUAAAUAUCAAUCCGAAUUACCAUUAACAUUUGGCUAUGUUUUAGCACCAUCUAUGAGUAUUUUCAACGAAACAUAUUUCAAUGCGAAUGAAAACGAUCGAAUCGAAAGUAUGAAAAUGAUGGAUUUAUUUGCGAAGUUAUUACAUAAUGGUAAUAUCAAUAUCAAUUCACCUUAUUGUAAAGAUAAUCAAUGUGAAGCCAAAGAUAAAUGGAAAAAUGUGUUUCCUGAAUCGAAUUUUAUUCUACUUCGAGAUGGUAAUUUCAGUCAAGUAACUGGUCAUCAUACUCAAGUUCAUUAUCUAUUCAACACUCUUAUUUCUAAUUUAACUGAACAUCCAUUUGAUACGGAUUUGUUGAAUACAUGGAAGACAUUGUAUGAAGUUUCACAUAGUAGAAAUCUUUCAACAUAUCAAUCACUUCAUGUUCCAUCAUCGAUAUUAACCAAACAUUUUUCUCCAUUAUUCUAUUCUCAUUUCACCAAUCAAAAAUAUAUCUUUAUACUUUCAUUAAGUGUAUUCAUUCUAUUAUUAAUCAACUUCUGUAUUUGUAUUAUUCUAUCGAGACGUGGACACGGUUGUCGAAAACGUGAAUAUAAUUGUCUCAACAAUCAUAAACAAUUGAAUCUGAUCAAUUCGUCCGAGAAUCAACAAAAACAACAACAGCAGCAGCAGCAGAGAGGUGGUUCAUCACCUUCGAGUACGAAUAGUAAUGGGACAAUAACAAUUGAUUCAACACAACAAUUAAUUAUCAAUACGAAUUCUCACGAACAAGAUCAUCGUUCAUCACCAUUAUCAUCUCUUCUAUGUACAACAACAACAACGAAUAGUAGUUUUCAUAGUACAUCACCUGUUGAUACAAUUCAUCCAAUAAAUAUAACGAAGAAAAAUGGCAUUUUAAAAUGUUCGUCAAUGAAGAAAAUGAAUACACUUGUGUCAUCCUCUUUACCUGAAGCUAUCGUGUAA